AGGCACGUCUGUGACAUCAUUUCUGCGCGACCCUUCUUUUUUGGCAGGAGUUUUCCUGCUGCUCUUCAGAACUAUGCCUAAAGUAGUGUCCCGGUCGGUAGUCUGCUCCGACACCCGGGAUCGGGAGGAGUAUGACGACGGCGAGAAGCCCCUCCACGUCUACUACUGUUUGUGUGGCCAGAUGGUCCUGGUGCUGGACUGUCAGUUAGAGAAACUGCCCAUGAGGCCCCGGGAUCGGUCCCGGGUGAUCGAUGCUGCCAAACACGCCCACAAGUUUUGUAACACAGAAGACGAGGAGACUAUGUACCUUCGGAGGCCUGAAGGCAUUGAACGACAGUACCGGAAGAAGUGUGCCAAGUGUGGACUGCCACUCUUCUAUCAGUCCCAGCCGAAGAACGCUCCUGUGACCUUCAUCGUGGAUGGAGCAGUGGUCAAGUUUGGCCAGGGUUUUGGCAAAACAAAUAUCUAUACUCAGAAACAGGAGCCUCCUAAGAAGGUGAUGAUGACCAAACGGACAAAAGAUAUGGGCAAGUUCAGCUCUGUCACGGUGUCUACGAUUGACGAAGAGGAAGAGGAGAUCGAGGCUAGAGAAGUCGCUGACUCGUACGCGCAGAAUGCCAAGGUCAUUGAAAAGCAGCUGGAGCGCAAAGGCAUGAGCAAAAGGCGGCUGCAGGAGCUGGCUGAACUGGAAGCCAAGAAAGCGAAAAUGAAGGGGACCUUGAUUGAUAACCAGUUCAAAUGAUCAGGACCUUUCUCUCAACCCACACUGGAGAUCGCGAGGAAAAAGAACUUUUUCUUGACUGCAUGGACCGCUGUCUACCUUUUUGCCCCUGCAGAAGGCUUUCCAUUGCUUUCCAUUGAUUUCUCCUACCUUCAGUGAGGUCUUUGAGUCCAUCUGACCUGCUUUCUAGAGAUGGGGUUUUUUUCCUCAAAUCUUUCUGUAUAUAGGUCCUCUGUACUAUUUUUGGUCCAUUUGAUGUAAACUUCUUCAGCUGUGUAGAAACUCCCUGAAUACAUCAGUGCUUGAGAGUCUCCAGUUUCUAAAGUAGCUGUUCUUACACCUUCUUCAAAGUUAAUAAAGUGUUUAAAGAUUUUUGAAAAAGAUACUAUGAUGUGUCACAGAAGAAAGUGGCAUGAAUUAUAUUUAAAGCCAUAGCAAGUCAGACUCUUUGAAGUGACUCUCUUCUAUUCUUAGACUGGCAGGUAUCAGCUCUGGUUUGAAUCUCUCUGCUGUCGGAAGAAAAUCCAUAAAAAGCCAGGAUGUACGUAGAGCUUCCUUUACUUGAUGUUCAGAGAAACUUGCCCAGUCACAGACUCCAGAAACAGCACAGCCUUGCUUCCUGCACUUCAAAUAUUAAAGCUCUGGGUGAGUUCUUCCUUCUCAGACUUUGUACUUACGAAGGAACAGCCAGAUCAGAGUGGGCGGGGGCAGGGCAGCUCGGCUCCAAAUGGAACUGGGGUCUCGGUAAGCAGCCUCGGCCAAUAACUGCCACCCCUUCACGCAGCUGACAAGAGUGUGGGAGGGAGACGUAGAGGAAGAAACGAUACUGAGACAAAGGGGCCUGUCGGCCAUCGGGCAUUUCACAUUCGCUAUCCGUAGAGGAGUGUUGUACAGUUAGACACUUAAUGCCCCGCUCUUUCGGUGAUGUCAGUACGUAGUGUUGUGUACGUGGUUUUAUCUGUUCCCCGGUAUGACGAGCUGUCGGGGCAGGAAGGGCACUUUAACCUCGUUGCGUCGUCUGCCGUGGGUUCAGUCGCCCCAGACGUGUGUGUGAGGUGCUGUUGGGAAAUAAUAGGGCAUUUUUCUCUGCCUUUUUUUCCCCAGCUUCCUUAUUUGGAAGGAGAAGUAGGUUGGAGUAGGGGUGGACGGGAGUUAGCAAGAAGUGGGAGAAGGGCAGGGGGGUGGGUGGCGGUCCGGGGACAGCCCCGGGCGGGUCUGUGUUUCCAUCUUCCCAGUUAGCCUCCUGCACCCAGCGGGUUCUUUGCGUCUGAGGCGUCCCUCCACACCUCAUUUCCUGUCCUCACCCUGAGAGGUGCUUAGACACCAUGCGGGUGGUCGGCUGUAACCUCCGCACAGUUCCUUGACUUCGCCUCCAAACGGUGACCUUUACCUUCACGCUAGCCACGAACUGCCAUGACCACAGCCCGGCGGGCCUGUCCCGCCACCUCUGAAAGCCAAGAUUCUAGAGAUCCAGAGCUCUGUUCUGGGACCACAGCCUCCACUUCCUCUCGCUUCCACUGGCCCUGUUCUGUUCGGUUUUUGAUUCGAAGGGUGGUUACUUCCUCAUUUUACAAAUGAGUAUCUCAGGCUCUGGGAGUUAUAAGUUUCCCGAGAUCCCAUAGCCAUCAAGUGAUAAAGCCAGAAAUCUGACUGCAGAACAAGGUGAACUGCCUCUCCUGGGGGACUUUUAAGAAAUAUAUUGUUGACAACAGAUAGCAGUUUCAUUUUGAGAAACCAAGUAAAAUGCGUUGUAAAGACACUUACGUGGGGGGCUCCCUGUAGGAAACGUGUCGUUACCUUUCCACACAUUUUCCGAAAUAUUCAUCCUUAGAUACUAGCCCUAAACCAUUGGAGCAUCUGGUUCAAAUUGUGCAUUUUGAUUGUCUUAAUCAUUAGGUCAUUAGCCCUAGAUAAGCACGUGCCCUUUAGUGUUUUAUUCUCUCGUUCUGAAAUGCUUAUUGACAUAGUUUCUCUAUCACCUUUAUUUUCUUGUAGAAUGUGAGCAGCAGAUACAGGGUUUUAGUGUUAGGAUAAAGAGCCAUGUGGAAAUUUUGGAGUCUUACUCUGUGUGUGUAUGUGUUUGCACAUUGUCAACUGUCAUGAAAUAGUAAAAUGUAAAAUGUUUAAUAGCUGUAAUAAUUGGUGACAUCUGGAAGUGUAAUUAUACUGCAUAAGAGAAGUUAAAAUGCUUUUUAAAAACUAGCUUGCCUCGACCAUGUGGGGAUCCUUAUCACCGGGGACCACCUCCUUUCCUUACCCUUUUUGACUUCCUUGAUGUUUUGUUCUGCCGCGCCGUCACCUGUCUGACUGCUCCAAGUUUUCACUCACUUCGAACAAAGCACAGUCCCUGACACUUGAGCUUUUAGUGUUUGAGAAUUCCUCCAGGAAAACGAAAAGCCUCACUUAGGGUGAACUGAACCGGCUUCUAAACUUCGUAGGACCCCGAUCCUCCUGUUGUCUCCCAGUGUUGCCAUUCUGUCACUACCUCGCUUCCUUUGGGCCCAGCCUGAUUCUGUGGUUGGGGAUCUGAAGGCCCCUCACCUUCAACUCUUCUCACCUUGAGUUUGUGUGUUUCCUUUUUUUUUGAAGUAGGCUCCACGCCCAACGUGGGGCUUGAACUCACGACCCUGAGAUCAAGAGUCGCAUGUCUACGAACUGAGCCAGCCAGGUGUCCCUAGUUUUGUUUCCUAAGUAAGCUCUACGGCCCAACAUGGGGCCUGAACUCAUGACCGGAAGAUCAAUGGCCGCAUGCUCUACCGACUGAGUCAGCCAGGGUGCCUGACCUUGAGGUUUUUUACCUUAGAAAAAAACCUUUUUUUUUUUUUUUAAUGUUUAUUUAUUUUUGAGAGAGAGAGAGAGAGAGAGAGAGAGAGAGAGAGAGACCAUGAAUGAGGGAGGCUCAGAGAGGAUGGGAGACACAGAAUCGCUGAUGCCAGCGCCGCCUCUAGCUCACUGAGCUCCAAAGGAGAAGGGGAUUAAGUAAGGAGGUCUCCCCACCGUUGCUUGGACAAAGCAGGCUGCACGCGAGUCGACCGGUGCCACCGAGGAAGCAACCGGCUAC